UUUUACAGUCUGUCUGUACUCUCGCUCGUGAAGAUGGAAAGUCUGAUACAGGAAAGAUUCAACGCAUGAAGCCAAAAGUUUGCCACAGAAGUGAAGACGAUUUUUACUACAAACGAAACUGCUUCUUUUUGAAACAGAACGAAGAAAACCCCAGAAAUUUGACAGAUGAACAGUCCAAACUUCAAAGGAUUAGUUGAUUGCAUCUCAGAGUUGUAAAAGCUUUGGAAAAAGAAGCAAAAGAAAAGAAAAAUGGGAUCUUUCAAGGGUCAUGUUCUGCCGGGAACAUUGUUUCUGUUGGUUGGGGUGUGGCACAUAUGGAGCUCUAUGGUUCGAUACGUUGCGAACCCGAAAACGUUCAGAGUUCGGGUUUGGAAUCCCGUGCCGGGUUUUGACGGGAGGCUCAAGUAUUUGGAGCUUUAUUUUGUUGCAAUUGGUGCUUUUAUUGAUAUGUGUAUUGAGCUUUUGUAUUCGACCCACCUCAAAUUUGUUGCCGAUGAUGUCUCGAAUCCGUCCCACUUGAAUAAUUUGGAGCACUCAGGGAUGCUCCUAAUGUUCUUCAUCUUUGGUUUGGUUGCUCUGCUCUCGGAGAAAACAAGGUUUCUUCCCUUGCCAGAAGGAGCUCUUUGUUUGAUUGCUGCCACAGCAUUCUCUGUAGAGUAUCUACUAUUCUACUUUCAUUCGACAACCCAUAAAGGCCUUGAAGGGUACUACCACCUUCUGCUUGUUCUCUUGAUAGGGCUUUGCAUAAUGUCCACGGUUACUGGCGCCUUCUUACCGACCAGCUUCCCAGUUGAUUUGUGUAGUGGCAUUGCUAUAACACUCCAGGGUCUUUGGUUCUAUCAGACUGCCUUCGCUCUCUAUGGUCCCAUGAUGCCACAUGGUUGUUGGCUUAAGGAAAGCCAGAUGAUCUCUUGUCACUCAAAAGACAGCGAGGCCCGAGGUGAGUUGCUUGCAAACUUCCAGCUAUUUUCUUUGGUCCUUGGCGUACUUGUUGCUGUUGUGGGAUCAUAUGCUUUUGCAGCUUCACGAUAUGGGCAUUCUGAGCUUCGGAGCUUGCACGCUGUUCAGGAUGGAUUAGAUCAAGAUUAGAGUAGGGUAUAUAUUUGUAUGAUCUUUCUGAAGUCCCAGUUAUGUAGGGUCUUCUCAAAGAGGCAUUUUGAUCUCUUCUGGAGAUGAAAUUGUUUUAUUCUAUUUGCAUGUAGUUCGAAUCUGUGCACUUAAUACGAUAAAUAUGCUGUUCAAGAA